GCCCCACCGAUGAUAAAAAGAACGGAAGCGCAACUCCAUCCGACACCAAUCCUUGUUUGUUUCGAGGGCAACGCCGUCUUGCUUGAUCUUGAACUCCCCACGAAACCCGUUCGCGAUGGAUCUGGCAGCGCGCAAGACGUUCGUCCUCCUUCGGCCUCCCAUGCUGUUCGCUGGCAAAGCCUCGUCCGUGCACGAAUCCCGUCGUGCUCGUUUGAGCGUCCCCGCGCCUAUCUGUGCCCUAGGAGCACCGUCGCGUGGCUUCCUCUCCCUCUCCGCGCGAGGCCACCUGAAUUCAUGUCUCCCAGCUUCUUUCGGCGUCCAUGCCCUUCCGACAUCGGUCAUUUCUUCCUGUCCGCCCGAUGAGAAGAUACGAGAUGGAUUCCGCCUCGUUCUCGUCGCGAUUGCAUGCUGGGUGUUCGUGGUAAGGUGUCAAAGGGCUUUUGCGGCCGAAGGCACUGUGGAUGCCGCGAAAGGGGUCUUGACAUCAGGAAGAGCGAGUCUUAGUACAGCCUGGCCGAAACUGCUGCAGAUUCUUCAUGUGCUCAGGGAACAAGGGUUGAUUUUGACGGCGCUUCUGGGUUUGUCGGCGUUCUUUUCUAUGGCAGAGACGGCCAUCACUACAUUGUGGCCGUGGAAGGUUCGCGAAUUAGCUGAAAAGGAACCUGAGAAUGGUGUCUUCAGAAUGCUUCGUACUGAUGUCACUCGUUUUCUCACUACAAUUCUUAUAGGCACAACCGUGGUCAAUAUUGGUGCUACAGCGCUUGUUACUGAAGCAACAACUGCAAUUUUUGGGGAAGCUGGUGUUAGUGCAGCAACAGCAGUUAUGACGGUUGCUAUUUUGCUGCUUACAGAAAUCACUCCAAAAAGUGUGGCUGUUCAUAAUGCCACAGAGGUCGCUAGGUUUGUCGUAAGGCCAGUUGCAUGGCUUUCUUUAGUCUUAUAUCCUGUUGGAAGAGUUGUUACCUUUUUGUCGAUGGGAAUUCUGAAGCUGCUGGGCCUGAAAGGGAGAAGUGAACCAUAUGUCACUGAAGAUGAAUUGAAAUUGAUGUUACGAGGGGCAGAACUGAGCGGGGCAAUAGAGGAGGAAGAACAGGACAUGAUUGAAAAUGUUCUAGAGAUAAAAGACACACAUGUUCGGGAAGUGAUGACACCACUUGUAGAUGUAGUUGCAAUUGAUGGUAGUGCAACACUUAUUGAUUUUCAGAAAUUAUGGGAGACUCAUCAAUAUUCAAGAGUACCUGUAUUUGAGGAGCGCAUAGAUAAUAUCGUAGGAGUUGCAUAUGCCAUGGACAUGCUUGAAUAUGUUGAGAGGGUCGAGAAGCUUAAAGAAAUCACUGUGAGAGAAAUUGCUCGCAUGCCAACAUAUUUUGUGCCAGAUUUGAUGUCUGUCUGGAACCUGCUGAGGGAGUUCCGCAUAAGGCAGGUUCACAUGGCUGUAGUCCUGAACGAAUAUGGUGGAACUGUUGGUAUUGUAACACUGGAAGAUGUUGUUGAAGAAAUUGUUGGUGAAAUAUUUGAUGAAAAUGACUCAAAGGAGGAAAUUCAGCGUAAAACUGGAUACAUAGUGUUGCGAGAUGAUGGAACAUUUGAUGUUGAUGCAAAUACAUCAAUUGACCAGCUUUCUGAAGAACUAAAUGUUAAAAUUCCAGAGGGUCAUCAGUAUGAAACAGUAUCUGGUUUUGUCUGUGAAACCUUUGGAUAUAUUCCAGAAGAGGGCGGGAAGAUUAUAGUGGUUCUUGAGAAGGCGAAUCAAGAAGAAGAAAGUGAAAAUGCUGAAACAUCACCUGAUAACCAAGAUGAAGAGAGGCAUCAAACUUUUGAACUGGAGGUACUUGAAGCUAAUGAAAGAAAGGUUGGCUUAGUACGAUUUAUACCAAUAGACAACGAGGGUGAGGAAGACUUGGAUAACAAGGGUGUGAACCGAGUGGUUUCUAAAAAGGUGAUUAAACAGAAGAAGCAGACGGUCAAUAAACCAGAAAAGUGUGACGAGGAAAUUGAAGAGAGUCUCGAAGAUGGGUGUUCGCAACAGACAAUUUUACUACAGGAGCAAUUCCAGAGUGAUGGUUCCAUACGUCAUGCCAUUGAUGAGAAAGUAGAUAACCAUGAUUGAAGUAUAUGAUAGCUGCACUUCAUCCCCGAUGCUUCCAGUUGAUAAAACAGAGAAAAAAAGGAAAAAAAGAAUGCCCCAAAGAGAAAGAGAGAGAGAGCCAGGAAAAUUCAUGGUUUGCUAGACAAGCUACUAGGAUCACUUUACAGGUGAAGAGAAGUGUCAACUUCUGUUUCAUUGGAUGUCACAGAGGCUUGCAUGUUAACACUAUUGGACCACAAUCCUAACGACAGCGAGAUCUCGAAUGACUGGAGUCCAGCACAGUUGACAUGGUACUCACUCUGAAGGGAUGGCGAACUGCACAGAGACCUGGAAGGAUGUUUCAGAUCAUGGUGGAAGAACCACUUGGGUUGUUCAGCUUCGGCAGUCAGCUGCAGGAUCUGCCUCUCCUUCCUCAUCUCCUUGAUUUGCUGGAGACGCCUGAACCUCUCUUGCAGCAGUGCUAUGGAUGAGCAGAGGACUGUAUCAUCAUUGUUCUGCCUUCCCAUGGAUCAACCAAAAGUGGUUCCACAAUGGCGAUGGGUCAGUUGUGUUAUAAUGGGAUUGUAUUCUUUUGGGGUUUCACUGGGCGUCUGAAGAGCUGUGUAUGUAUUUAUAGGGAUCAGAAGUUGUCUUCUUCCUUUUCAUCUAUUGUUAUGUUUCCUUUGCA